AUAAUACUAAUCUGCCAUAUUUGUAUUGUUUAACCUUUUCUAUAGAUUAAAUUAACAUUUAAAAAAUGAAAAGAUCGAGUCCAAGAUACGAAUUAAGAAGUAGGAAAUCGAUGGCUGUUCCUAUAUGCUUAUCCCCUCCGAAUCCAUCACCUAAGAGUCGAGUAAGUUUGCUUUGCCAUUAAAGACGAGUAAUUCCCUCUUGUAGUUCUUUUAUAGUUUUUAAUUAUUGUUAUCUUCUGUUUAAAGAGACAUACAAUAGCAGCUAAAAGUCGUCGAAGAAGUGACGAUACUGAUCCGCCUGCAAAGAAAAGCAAAAUUAAACCUAUUGAAGAAACUCCAAUGGUUGCUUCACCUAUUAUUGAGGAUGCUUCUCCCACUAGAAGAAGUUCAUUAAAGCAAGAACAAGUUGAAGGUAGUCGAAAAGGUACAAUAGAAAAGGUUAAGAAAUUAUACGGCUCUGGGAAGAAGAAGAUUAAAAGAGCUUUAUUUGGGGAAGAAGAACAGUCACCUAAUACUAUGAUUAUUAAUGAAAAUGAGGAUUUAAGAUGGAAGAUAAGUAAGCUUCGUGUUAGAAUGUAUAGCAUAUAUAAAAUGCCGUGUCCAAACUGCUCGGAAGAGGAUUUAGAAACUUUACAAUCUGAUAUUGCUGCAUUACGUAAAAGAAGACUUAAUCUUACUUUAGAAAGAAAAGAAUUGGAGUCUCAAGUAUCGGAUUUACAGAUGUUGGAAAGCGAAAGUAGCAUCGAGUGCCAAAAACUUGAAAGGAGAAAGAAAAAUCUUAAGGAAAAUAUUAAAGCUAAGGAAAAAGAAGUUGGUGAAUUAAAUACGAAGAUACUGUUGAAUGAAGAAAGAGUUUCUCGACUAAAACAGAUUAAAGAAGAACUAGACGAAAGAUUGGAAAUUAUAGAGCAAGAUAGGAGAAAAGUGAAUAAAUCGUUAAUAAAUGAGAAGAAUCGUUUAAAAAUCGAACUAAGAAAUGAUAUUCUCAUGGCUCAAUCUGCUUUAGAGAGAAUGUUUCGUUCAUCUGACUAA